CUCAGGAGCGGUGGCGACUGCUGUCUGUCGCCAGUGGGCAGUAGAUAGCUGGUCGCUUUGUGCUGAUUUUUCAUUAGAUCUGUACCUCUCUUUGAAACAUUACGGGGAAGGAGAAAAGAUGGCAACUCUGGAGCAGCUGUCAACCACAAUGCCCUGCGUUUUCAGAGAGACAACGGUCAGCGUCGCCCGACCAUGGAAUUAAAGAGAUUCAUGAACGACGAAAGAGAACGGAGUUUUAGUCGGUUGAAAUGCUUGGGAUCAUUCUGUAGUUUUUCCGCUUCAGCAUCAGCAGCAGACUAACAGUACAUUGCAUGACAGGCAUACUGGUGUGUUAAUCGUUUAAUUAUUAAUAUCACACUACUAUCAUUGCUGUGAUUCAGACCAACUCCAAAAAGUUUGUGGGGGAGGAAAAACAGUUUAUCCCUUGAUCCUUCAUUUCAUCAUUUCAUUAAAAAGAGGAAAAUGAGAUGUUCCGGUGUGGUGAACCUGCCGUUCAUAUGGCCUGACUGACGGCACUCUGUCCCUCCAACAGCGAGCAGAGCAUCUGCCAGGCCCGAGCGUCUGUCAUGAUAUACGAUGACAGCAGCAAGAAGUGGGUUCCCAUCAAACCAGGACAGCAGGGCUUCAGCCGCAUCAACAUCUACCACAAUACCGGCCAGAACAGCUUCCGCGUGGUGGGUGUCAAGCUGCAGGACCAGCAGGUGGUGAUAAACUACUCUAUUGUGAAAGGCCUGAAGUACAACCAGGCCACUCCCACUUUCCACCAAUGGCGCGAUGCCAGGCAGGUGUAUGGGCUGAAUUUCGCCAGCAAAGAGGAGGCCACCACCUUCUCCAACGCCAUGCUCUUUGCCCUCAACGUGCUGAGCACUCAGGAAGGAGGUCCAGCUGUCCAGCGUCCUGCCCAGAACGGGCCCACCGCAGACGACACGGAGAACCAGAGAAGGCAGAUGAUGGAGCAGCAGCAGCAGAUGCAGGUGCAGCUCGAGAGGGAGCGGCGGACGUCUGCCUCAGGUCCCCCCAUCCCAGCAGGACACCCGUCCUCCCUCUCCGCUGCCCCCCCUGCAGUGGCACCGGCACCCGUGCCCUCAGGGGGGCCCCCACCCCCUCCGCCCCCACCUGGCCCCCCUCCGCCCUCCACCGGGGCACCUCCGCUCCCGCCCCCGCUGCCGGCUGGCGGAGGGCCUGGGGGUCACGGUGAGGGGGCCCCCUCUGGACUGGCUGCCGCGCUGGCUGGAGCCAAACUGCGCCGGGUGCAGAGGUCUGAAGACGGGUCUUCUAGUGGUGCCAAGAAUGAUGCCAACCGAACAAGCGGGGGCAGUAACGGCGGCCUGAUGCAGGAGAUGAACGCCCUUCUUGCACGACGGAGGAAAGCAGCUACACAGACAGAGAAAUCUGGGGACAAGAAAGAGGAAGACGGCCAAAGCGAUGAUCCCAACUCCCCCAGCACUCGCAGCUCAGAUGCGGUCAAGAAGCCGUGGGACCGAGCCAAUUCUGCAGACAAGUCCUCAGCGGUAUCAAGGGUGAGAACAGCAGGCAGUAGCAGUGACACAGAUGCCUUAGACUUUGACAGAAUGAAGCAGGAAAUCUUGGAGGAGGUUGUACGCGAGUUACAGAAGGUGAAGGAUGAGAUAAUUGACGCCAUUAGACAAGAACUUAGCAGAAUCAGCACAACGUAAUGCUCCGAGUGCUUGCGGAGAGAGCGGGACGGACCGGGGUUUCCCAGGAGCAGCGGAGGGGGGCCCGAAUAUGAGGGUCUCUCAGCUCCACUGCCACAGCAUUCCGGGGGAUCGUCACACGAGCAUCACAAGACAGCGGGGCUGAAGGGAAGGGGGUGGGGGCAAGGAGGGAGGGGCAUAGAGGACAGGGGCCGACAGAUGGGGGCAAACGGAUGGAGGGCCAUGCACUGAUUAGCCUGUGCUCUCUUCUCCUCCCUGUAUAUAACUCCCAUGGCAGCCUGCUGUUCUCUGUCAAGUCUUAAAAGAAUUUUGAUGAAGCUGAAUUAUUACUUUUUCUAGGAUUUUCUUUGUUUAUUAUUAUGCUAUCUAUUGAUUUUUUUUUCAGACAGAUGUUGCACACCAUUUUAUGUCAGCCUUUUAUAUUUUAUAUUGAUCAUUUUCUUUCCUUUGGUUAUUGGUAAAUAAAGUUAAAUGAAAGGCUUGCUUUAUAGUCACCUGACCUCAGCACCAUUUUCAGAUCAGAUCUUUUUUGCCAACUUGGAGGUAUUGAAUUCACUGGAGUAGUAACUUAAGGAGAAGUUUGAAUGUGAGUUUGUUGUGAAGGAAAUAGAAAGUGUUUGGAUAUUGCUUAACCUUAAAAAAUGCAAGGAAGACCAUGGUUAUGUGUGAUUAUGUUGUUAUUCGGGCGUUUAUUGGCUGCAAGAUAUGGUGAAGUACCGUUCGUUUUAAUAUAUCCCUUUUUAACCAAGUGCUUCCUGGUUUAAGAAAAGAAGAAAAGUUUUAAAUCCAUUUAAAUAAAACUGUGAACAACAA